AUGAGCCUAUGUGGCAGGAAGGCGCUGACGUUGCUGAGCAGCGUGUUCGCUGUUUGCGCCCUGGGCCUGUUGGGCAUCGCCGUGAGCACAGACUACUGGCUCUACCUGGAGGAGGGCGUCAUCCUUCCCCUCAACCAGAGCACAGAGAUACGCAUGUCUCUCCACUCUGGCCUCUGGAGGGUUUGCUUCUUGGCUGGGGAGGAGAAAGGGCGAUGUUUUACCAUAGAGUAUGUGAUGCCCACUAAUGUCCAGAUGACCUCUGAGUCCACCGUUAGUGUCCUGAAGAUGAUCCGGUCUGCCACACCCUUCCCUCUGGUCAGCCUCUUCUUCAUGUUCAUUGGUUUUGUACUUAGUAACAUUGGCCACAUUCGACCCCAUCGCACCAUCCUGGCCUUCGUCUCUGGAAUCUUCUUCAUCCUGUCAGGUCUCUCUCUGGUCGUUGGUCUGGUCUUGUACAUCUCCAACAUUAACGAUGAAAUGUUGAACAGGACCAAAACCAAUGAAGCCUACUUCAGUUACAAGUACGGCUGGUCAUUUGCCUUUGCUGCUAUCUCCUUCCUGCUGACUGAGACAGCAGGUGUCAUGUCAGUGUACCUGUUCAUGAAGCGCUACACAGCAGAGGAGAUGUACCGACCCCAUCAGGGCUUCUACCGGCCUCGCCUCAGCAACUGCUCAGAUUACUCUGGUCAGUUCCUCCAUCCAGACGCCUGGGCCGGACGUGGUCGCAGUCCCUCCUCCAUCUCCUCUGAGGCCUCUCUCCCGAUGAACUCCUCCAACUACCCUGCUCUCCUCAAGUGUCCAGAGUAUGAACAAAUGUCCUCCUCACCUUGCUGA